AUGGCGGAACAGAACCCCAUGAUGACGCUCCAGGCGGAGCUCUCCCGCUUUCGCAAAGCGACACUCAACUCGGCUGUCAAGGACGCCGACAAACUCCUCGAUAUGCUCGUCCAGGCGCGCGAGCAGAUUGCCAAUGCGUCCGAUCCGCACCGCGCAAGCUUGACCAUGACGAAGUUACAAAACCCCGUCAACGCUGGCUUCGAUGCCAUAAACAAUGACCUGAAAGACGUCUCGAAAGCGCAAAAGGUCUUUGGGAAGGCCCUCGACAAGUCAUUCCCCCUGCGACCUCUCCCGACAGACUACGAUGCGAUGGCUUCGUAUCCUUCAUUAAUAAAUCGGGCAGUUGCCAUGCACAUGCUGCGCGAGGGCCAGUUUAGCGUUGCUUCAACCUUUCUCCGCGAAGCCCAUGAGCGCCCUCCCCCGCGCGCCGCCUCCCCCAACGGCAACUCACCAAACGACCUCGAGGCCGACAUACACUCUCUUCAAUCUCAGGAACUGCAAGACAAGUUCGCAAACAUGUACAGCAUCCUCCAUGAGCUUAAGAACCGCAACCUGGUGCCCGCCAUCGAGUGGGCCCAGUUGAACGGUUACGACCUCGAGGCCCGUGGCUCCAACCUCGAGUUCGAGCUGAGCAAGCUGCAGUUCGUCUGGCUCUUCAAGGGCCCAGAAAUAAACGGCCUCCCCGACGACCCUCCCGGCUCGAAUGGCCGCGCGGGGGCUUUGGCCUAUGCUCAAGCCAACUUUGGACGCUUUCAGUCGCGGCAUCUGAAGGAGAUUCAACAGCUGUCGUGCGCUAUGGUGUACGCCUCUAAUAUUGGCCAGUCCCCUUACGCCAACAUCUUUGAGACUUCGGCUGCGUUCGACGACGUCGCUCUGUCCUUCACACGGGAGUUCUGCUCCCUGCUGGGGCUGUCGGCCGAGUCCCCGCUCUAUGUGGCCGCGACUGCUGGUGCAAUUGCCCUCCCGCAGCUCAUCAAGUACACGACCUACAUGAAGGCCAAGAGGACGGAGUGGACAACAGAGAACGAGCUUGCCUUCGAGACGCCCCUGCCACGCAGCAUGAUCUACCACCCCAUCUUCGUCUGCCCUGUCAGCAAGGAGCAGACGACGGAGCAGAACCCGCCAAUGAUGCUGCCCUGCGGCCAUGUUAUUUGCAAGGAGUCACUGCAGCGUCUCACAAAAGGGUCACGGUUCAAAUGUCCGUACUGCCCCAACGAAGGUCACAUCAAGGAUGCCAGAGAGAUCAAGCUCUGA